AUGAUCACGAGCCUCAACCUGAGCUAUACGCUCUGCAGUUUCAACAUAAACAGCUAUUCUGCUUCUACUAUUUCCAAUAAGAGAAUGGCCCCGGCUCUUGCUGCAAAUCCUAUCAAUGGCGAAAAGGAGAUUGUUCGUCCAGUUGCCAACUUCUCUCCAAGCUUAUGGGGUGAACAGUUUAUCAAUUUUGCAUUUGAUGCCGAGGAGAUUGUUCGCCCGGUUGCAAACUUCUCUCCUAGCUUAUGGGGCGAACAGUUUAUCAACUUUUCUUUUAAUACCGAGUUUGCGGAAAAAUAUGCCAACGAGAUCGAAGGGUUUAAGAAUGAAGUGAGAACCAUGCUGACAGCUCCCGGAAAAGACAAGGUGGAGACCAUGAAUUUGAUCGACACACUCGAGCGUUUGCGUGUUUCGUAUCAUUUUGAAAGCGAGAUUGAAGAACUAUUAGAACGUUUCUUUAAUCUCAACUCAAACUAUGCAGAUGAAGCCUAUGAUUUGUACACUGUUGCACUUCAUUUUCGUUUAUUCAGACAACAUGGCUACCGUAUAUCUUGUGAUAUCUUUAAAAAAUUCAUAGACGAGACUGGAAAAUUCAAAGAGUCUAUUACGAGCGAUGCAAGCGGAUUGCUGAGCUUAUAUGAAGCUGCAUAUUUAAGAGUGCAUGGAGAAGAUAUACUAGAAGACGCCCUCGCUUUUACAACAGAUAACCUAAAAUCCAUGGCACCAAAUCUAGGCUCUACCCUUGGGAAACAAGUAGCUCAUGCCCUUGUUCAGUGCAUCCAUUUUGGGAACCCAAGAAUUGAGGCACGUAACUUUAUCUCCAUCUACCAAGAAGAUGAGUCCAAGAAUGAAAUGCUGCUGAGGUUUGCCAAAUUAGACUAUAAUUCAUUGCAGAUGUUGCAUAAAAAGGAGCUCUAUGAAGUAUCAAGGUGGUGGAAAGAUUUGGACCUUGUUUCUAAGCUUCCAUACGCUAGAGACCGAGUUGUAGAAUGUUUUUUCUGGGCUAUGGGAGUUUAUCAUGAGCCUCAAUAUUCCGUUGCUAGAAUCAUGCUCACCAAAACCAUUGCAAUGACAUCAAUAAUAGAUGAUACAUAUGACGCCUAUGGCGUAGUUGAAGAACUCGAAAUUUUUACGGAGGCCAUUCAAAAGUGGGAUAUUAGCGAGAUUGAUCGGUUACCAGAAUAUAUCAAACCAUUUUAUAGUGCUCUUCUAAAUCUUUAUGAGCAAUUUGAUGAAGAAUUAUCGAAAGAAGGACGAUCUUAUGCAGUCUACUAUGCAAAAGAAGCGCUAAAAGAGCUUGUGAGGACAUACUAUGUGGAAGCCAAGUGGUUUAUCGAAGGAUAUUUGCCACCAUUUUCGGAGUACAUGAGCAAUGCCUUAAUAACGUGCACUUACGUUUAUCAUACAACUACAUCCUUAUUGGGGAUUAAAUCCGUCACCAAGGAAGAAUUUGAAUGGCUAAGCAAUAAACCUAAAAUGCUUGUUUCAAGCCUCAUAAUAUGUCGGCUCAUUGAUGAUAUUGCUACCUAUGAGGUUGAGAAGGAAAGGGCACAAAUCCACAAUCUUUUGCAAAGGCAAGUCUGUGUCUUGAGGCGAAAGCUUUGGUAUCCUCCGGGCUAA